CUCUUCCGUCGGGCAGCUGUACUUAAGGCUCUCACUCCUCUGCCAUUCCUUUAUCCCGCGGGCGGUAUACUACCUACUUCACUUCUUUUUGCUUUGGAGCGGCUCGCAUAUCUCCCGGCGCUGCUAAAAACUUCGCAGAACCGGUCCCGCAAAGAUCAGCUCGACUCUAGCCUCCUCUUCACGUCUCCUCGCCCCCAACUCUCCUCCCCUACAACGACAGUACAAUGGCAGACACAGAAGUCGAAGACCCCUGUGCCGCUGAAGGCUUUAGCGGCUCCGUCGGUCUCCGCAUCGGCGCCAUCUUCAUCAUCCUCGUCUCCUCUACCUUCGCAACACUCAUGCCCAUUGUAACAAGACGGGUGCGCGUGCUGUCAUUACCGGCCUCGGCAUUCGACUUUGCAAAGUACUUUGGCAGUGGAGUCAUCAUAGCUACCGCCUUUAUGCAUCUGCUUGCUCCGGGAGCAGAGGAGCUAUCGAGUCCUUGCUUGAACAGUAACUUCCAGAACUACACAUUCGCCUUUGCAUUUGCCAUGAUCUCCAUGUUCAUGACUUUUAUCGUCGAGCUACUCGCUUUCCGCGUCGGAUCCAAGAUCGCCUCUCGUCUCGCCUACGACCCGCAUCGUGGUGGACACCACCACGCUAACGAGCACGACCAUGUCUCACCAGCCAUCGCAGCAAAACACAGGGAGACCGAGCUCCUUGCCGGAAGCUCCUCUUCCUCUUCCCCCCAACCAGACUCCGAUGACAAGCCUGCGGUCGCAGAAACACUUCCGCGAGCGGAUGACCUCGAGGUGCAUGCUCUCGAAGGCGACGUCCCCGAGCUGUCUGCAGCUGCCCGCGAGAUCCUCGGUGUAGCCAUCCUGGAAUUCGGAGUCGUCUUCCACUCGCUGAUCAUCGGUCUCACACUGGCCACCACCAGCGACUUCAAAAUUCUCUUCAUCGUCAUCAUCUUCCAUCAGAUGUUCGAGGGUAUCGGUCUCGGUGUCAGGCUUAGUCUUCUCCCUUUGCGUGCCGGCAGCAUGAUUCCAUGGCUCGGAGCCUUGCUCUACUCCUGCAUCACACCGCUGGGUAUGGCCAUCGGUCUAGGGGUGAGAAACACCUACAACGGUAACUCCGCUACGGCUAACUACAUCACUGGUACCUUCGACUCGGUCUCUGCGGGAAUCUUGCUCUACACUGGGCUGGUGGAGCUGCUAGCGCACGAGUUCAUCUUCAAUGAGAAGAUGAGGAAGGCGCCCCUAGGCAAGGUCAUGGUGAAUAUCCUCGAGGUCCUCACUGGAGCCGGCAUCAUGGCUCUUCUGGCUCGUUGGGCUUAGGGCGAGAGGCUAGUGUGCAGCCUAUGUCCAGAUCAUUCUUUAUCAGCAUUGCCUUGCCCUGCCCUACCGUACUUUUCAUGACUGUCACCAAGAUCUCGCGCGUGC